UUGCCACAAAAAAAAAAAAACAAAAGGAUAUACGAGAUAAGAAACACACAACAAAGUGCAAUUUUUUUUUUUCAAGUGUCGCGCAUAUAGUGUGUGCGAGAAAUAUAACCAAUUGGGAUUAUCAACCAUAAGCCUGGGGUGUCGGCAUCGGCAUCGGCAUCUGAAUCGGAAUCGGGAUUGGCACUCCGUACUCCGUACUCCAAUUGGAAAAUAUUUACUAAAGUCUAGUAGAAUACGAAAACCGCGUGCAAAUGUGACAACAACAACAACAACAACAACUGCCAAAUGAUAAGCAACAACAACAACAAAAACAACACUAAACAAACAACAACCAUUAUAAUAAAGCGCCAAAACAUCCAAUUAGAAAAGCAAAAGUGCUAAAAGGUUCCUACAAUAACAAAAAAAAUACCGAAAUAAUCACAAAAGUGUGUAAUAGUAGUGUGUUUUUUAUGAAACAAAAAAAAAAAUAACAUGUCUAUUUCAUGAAAACAUAAGAUGGCUAAGAUGGAAUGGCUAAGAGAGCGAAAAACCCCUCAAAAUGACAACAACAACAAAAACCAAACAGAAACUGUCUGAUUAGAAGAAGCAACCCUAUUUUUUUUUUCUCGAAACAAGUGCAAUAUCCUUAAACUAUCUUUAACCUGAAAAAAAAGAAUUUAAAAAAUACAAACUAAAAAAGACAAGCUUAGGCCUAAUAUACUAACUGUAGAUUUUCGUAAAAGGCUUUUGGUUGAGAAAGCUAACACUUUGUACCAAUUGGAGAGCCAUCGUACCGGCAGCAGCAGGACACCCAGGACAUUGCCCUUCGGUGGGGUAUUUGGUCCCGUGUCUGCGAAGUUUUCAAACACCUUCGGAAACUGGAAACAAAAAUGAGAAUUAAAAUGCCCGCGGUUCGAAUUGCACAAGAUUCCGACUCGACGGAGAACGAUGCCGUGGCCACGCAGGACAUCCUCACUUGUGGCGCCUGCCAGAAGGCGUUCGCCCUCUCCGACAUCGUCAAGUUCAUCCAGCACAAGGUCCUGCAGUGCAACAAGGAGAACUACGGCCAGUGCGCCACCCAGAACCCGCAAAUGGAUCGCGACGCCGAGGAGGGGCGUCCACUGAGCCUCGUCAAUCGCCGGCCCUCGAUUUCCGCUCCCAUUUCGGGACGCAAGUCCUCCUCCUCCUCGUCGUCCUCCUCCACAUCCUCCGCCGUUGCCGCGGCCUCGGCCACAGCGGGUCCUGCCGCAGCAGCAGCAGCAGCGGCGGCGGCGGCAGCAGCGGCCACGGCGGCCAGUGGUUCGAGGAUACACACACCACCACCCAGUCCGGCGGAUCUGUUGGCGGACGGAGCCAGUAGCACGCCCAAACGGCUGGUAGAUGAAAACGACAACACCACGCCCAAGGACAUUGAAACAGCCGCCACCACCCUGGACAAGGACACAGCCGCACCCGGCAGUCCACUGGCCAGCCAAAAGCCACGCCGGUCCUCCAGCCGCGACAGCAGUUGCGAACUGGACCGGGACCAGGACGCCGACCAGCCCGCCAAGGUCAAGGAGGAGCCGUUCGAGGACGAAACCACCGCCCCCCAGAAUCGCGACGAGGAUGAGGACGAACGCGAUGUGGAUGAGGAGGAGCCGGAACAGUCGCUGGCCAAGCGGCCAAAAAUGGAACUGGUCGAUGCCGAGGCCAAUACAGUCCACACAGAACCCAGCAACUACACCUGCUCCACGUGCAAGACCCGCUACACCUCCGCCUGGCGGCUCAUCCAGCACGUCCAGCACUCGCACGGCGUCAAGAUCUACGUGGAGAGCCCGGGAGUUAUCGGGGGCGCCACCCUCACCGUGGCCACACCCGCCGCCCUCAACAACAGCGCCCUGGCCCUGGCAGCGGCCGCAGCGGCAGCCUCCUCGGCGUCAUCCGGCAGCGCCAGCUCUCCGCCCCCGACGACGAUCAGCCCCAGUCCGGCCGGCAAGCGCAGCAGCCCUCUGGCCGCCAACCUGUCCGCCAGCUCGGUCUGCUCCUCCUCCAACUCCCUGGUGAACAGCAGCAACUCCAGCCUGGGCUCCCCGCAGCAGCAGCAGCACCAGCAGCAGCAGCAGCAGAUGCAGUUGCAACAGCAGCAGCAACAGCAACAGCAGCGAGUGCAGCAGCAGCAGCGUGAGAGUCUGGCCACCGCCAUGGCGGCUGGGAUGCGGCAUCAUCCGCUCCUGCCGCCACCGGAGGCCAUGCACCCGAAUCCCUUCCAGUUGCUGAGAAUGCCGCUGCCGCCGGCCCUGGCCCAGGCCGGAAACGUAGUUCCUACAGUCGGCCCACUGUUCGGACGGCCCGGGGACCACUACCGCAUGGAGCAGCUGGUCAGCGAGCAGUUCCGCCACCACGGCUUCAACCUUGCAGCAGCAGCGGCGGCAGCCCAGGCGGCCCAGUUCAACGGCCAGGAUGGCCGACCACCAUCCUCCAGCAGCAGCGGCAGCCAGCGCGGAUCCGUCCCACCGGCAGCCCUGCCCCCACCGUCGCUCAGCUCCCAGCAGCAGCAGCAGGCCCAGCAACAGCAGCAGCAACAACAACAACAGCAACAACAACAGUCCCAGCAGCAGCAACAACAACAGUCCCAGCAGCAGCAACAGCAGCAGCAGUCGCAGCAGCAGCAGCAGGGGCAGGGGAAUGCCAACAACCCGUUGAAACUGGAACCGCAGCAGAUGGAUUUUUACUCGCAGCGAUUGCGUCAGCUUGCGGGCACAACAAGCCCUGGAGCUGGCAGCACUGUUAACUCGAGCUCGCCGAGUCCUCGACAGAAACAAUCGCCGCACUUUGCGAGCCCAUCCCCCUCCCAGCAGCAGCAGCAGCAGCAGCACCUCGGAGGACAGCAGCAAGGUCAGCAGCAGGCUCCCCUCCAAAGACCCCACUCGCUGACCCCGCCCGAGAAGCUGAGCAGCGAGAACUCGGCGGAGAACGGCAACCUGGGCCUAAUCCUGGCCAGCACUCCGCGGUCGGCCAGCACGCCGCCCUCGAAGACGGGAGAGAUCAGCAGCUCGCAGGACAACUGCUUCGCCUGCGGCUACUGCGACAAGAAGUUCCGGUUCGAGAACAACCUGAUCAUCCACCAGAGGACCCACACCGGGGAGAAGCCCUACAAGUGCACCGCCUGCGACUUCGAGUGCUCCCACAUCCAGAAGCUGAUGAAGCACAUGCGCGUCCACCGCUCCCCGCCCGCGGAGGACAACCAGGACGAGGGCAGCAACGCCGACUCGCUGGAGACGAACGAGGCGGAUCACGACGAGGAUCCCAAUCCGGAGGACUCCGAGGAUGAGCUUAACGAUGCCGACGGUGAUGGGGAUCUUGAUGGCGAGGAGGAGGACGACCUCGACGAGAUGGAGGAGUGCGAGGACAUGGACUACAAGGCCGAGGAUCUCUCGGUGAGCAACCGUCUGGACGGCAAGAGCCAGAGUCCCAAGACCACCAGUUCCGGAGCCACCUCGCUCGUCGGGGAGCUGAUGGACAAGUUCGGCCUCUCCAACAUCGCCCAGUACAGCGAGGCCUACAAGCAGGCGCUCCAGGAGUCCGGACGCAAGGAGGCCGCUGCCGCAGCCGCCGCCGCAGCAGCCGCCGCCGUUGACAACAAUAACCGUGUGCCCGGCAGCGGUGCUGGCGGUGCGCCGGGUGCCGACAAGCUCAACGGCCUGCCGGUGGCCGCUCUGCGACUCCGGGACGAGUUCGCCAAGAACUGCAACAUGUUCCAGCAGCCGCAGGACGGCGGCGCCCCCACCCAGGUGCCCCUCUUCAACCCCUUCCCGAACCCCUUCGAGCUGAGCAAGCGCAUCAAGAUGGACGGCGGCGACUGGUGGGGCAUGUCCCAGGCCCUGCACCGCAACGAGGCGCUCUUCGAGAACCUGAAGCUGAAGCCACUGGGCCUCGGCGGCGCCAACUCGCUGAUCCAAGGGCCUCUGCUGAAGAAGGAGAGCCGGCAGCGCAACGACACGUGCGAGUUCUGCGGCAAGGUGUUCAAGAACUGCUCCAACCUGACCGUGCACCGGCGCAGCCACACCGGCGAGAAGCCGUACAAGUGCGAGCUCUGCUCCUACGCCUGCGCCCAGAGCUCCAAGCUGACCCGGCACAUGAAGACCCACGGCCGGACCGGCAAGGACGUCUACCGCUGCCGCUUCUGCGACAUGCCCUUCAGCGUCCCCUCCACCCUCGAGAAGCAUAUGCGCAAGUGCGUCGUCAACCAGGGCAAGGCGGCUGCGGCCGCCAAUGCCGUGGCAGCUGCCCAGGCGGCCCAGGCGGCCGCCCAGCAACUCCAGGCGGCGGCAGCCGUCCAGGCCGCCCAGCAGCAACAGCAGCAGCAGGCCCAGGGUCAGGUACCCCAGCCGGGACAGGGCCAGGGCCAGCAACUGUCACCCCUCGGGGUCGUCGGCUAUGCCCCCGCCUUCGUCGGUGGACACAACAUCUCACUGCCGGGCAGUGUGAGUGGCGACAACGACUCGAAUGCCUCUUCCAGCCUAACCGGCGUCCAUCCCAUCUCCCUCAAGGAGGAGGCAUGACUUUUUAUGGCGCCACCCAUGCAGCAGCAGCACCACCACCACUACCAUCCCCAGUCGCUGCCACCUCAGCCCGGUCAGCCCGAGCAGGGGUCACGGCAGGGUCCGGGUCAGGGUCAGGGUCAGGGGCCGGGCCAGGGGCCAGGCAGUCGCAGUCGCAUUAUGUCGCGCAUCUUCUAAAGAUGACACAAUUGUAAAUAAGCUUUUUAAAAAAAAGUAUCCUCUGACUAAAUCCAGACAAAAAAAAAAAACAACAACAACAACAACGUCCCCCGAUCCCUCAGAUAAAAAAACGAAAAAAAAAAAACUUCCAGGCGACAAAAACGACCAGAGGCAUUUAAUACCAAAGCAAUAAACAUU